UGCUUUUUUGUUGUCAUGGUAACAAUAUAGCGUCCAAAAUGGCUUCUUUACUUGGCGAACAAGUGUUUGAAAUAAGUGGUGUAGGUCCAUCGCCUUCAAAAGAUUUCUUUCAACUUGUUAUUACUAAAACCGAUGUGAUAUGGAGAUCAUGGAAGAUUUCCCUACGAGUAGAAUUCCGUAGUUCCGGACCUGGAGAAAUGAAGCAAUCCCAUGAGGAAUAUUUGCUUGAUUCUCGACUGCAGCACCAGGUAGGUCUGGUGUUCGGACAGAAGAUUCUACAGUACACCCUUGCACUGUGCAAGGGACACUUUGACUAUAUUCAGCUCCUGCCCAGCCACCUACUGCUGAGAAUAGUCUCCUAUCUGAAUCUAAAAGAUACAGGACAGCUUGCACAGACCACAGAGAAGUUCAGGAAGCUCUGCAACUCUCCAGAGUUUUGGGAGCAGAUUGUGAGGCAUCGCUGUGAUGAUUUCACCGCUGACAUGGAGGGUCUUGCCAAAGCCAUGGGCUGGAGAAAUAUGUAUUUAAAUUUCUUUCACAAGAAAAAAGAUCAAGAAGCUGUCGACAAUCAGCAGGGAGGUAGUGAGACACCAUCGGCUUAGAAAGGAUUACUCCUCUGGUAAUAAAGAUUUCAAUGUAAGGGAAGCUAAUGUGUUCCACUAAUAGGAUUUUCACAAAUUUUGAUGUUGCUUUUUGUGUGCAUAUUUUUUUACUUUAAAAUGCAGUGCCAAUUGAAGUAUUUUAGGCAAGUUAUAUUAUCCGAGUAUUAUAUUAAUGGGGCUGAAGGUCUCACUGUACCUUCAAAUGAAUGAUGUUAACCUUUAAUUGUUCAUUUGUUUAAUUGUUUCUCAAUGCCUUUGAUUUCUAAUGACAUCUAUAUGGCAUACACAGACCAUGACUGAUUUGAUGUGUGUCAUUGAUAAAAACAUGAAGGAAACUUACUACAGUAUUAACAAAUGUUAGACCAGUGAUUUGCUUUUCAGAAUAGCAAGGAUCAAAGGCAGCCUUGGAAAAAAUAACUUCCUGUUUUAAAAAUACAAACUUGAUUGUUCUUACGCCCCCUGCUGAAAAACAACUGAGCUGAAAGAGCUGUUGGCAUAGAAACAGGACUUCAGCUAUCCUCUAGCCAGCAGAGGGAGCAAAGAGGAGAGUCAGUGCAGUCAGAAAGUGGAUUAGAAACCUUCAACAAGGUGACAUGUGAAAAUGAGAGAUGACAUCAGUAACAAUUUUCCUUCAGAACCUAAUUAACUUUUAAAUGAAAGGUCCACAAAAUAUUAUCUAACCCCAUUUAGCAUAUGGUUCCAGAAACAGUCUUGAGACUGUAAUGUUAAGAUAAGGCAACACUGGUAAUGUGUGGCGCAAUACAUGUGAAAUAGAAUAAAACAUUGAUCUCAAUCCAAAACUAAAAUAACAUGAAUAUGU